AUGGGAUAUAUUGCUCCUAAGUUGUUCUACAAAAAUAUUGGAGGUGUCUCAUACAAGGCCGAUGUCUAUAGUUUUGGAAUGUUGUUGAUGGAAAUGGCAAGCAGAAGGAAGAAUUUGAAUGCAACGGUAGAGCAUCCAAGCCAAAUCUACUUCCCGAUGUGGGUAUAUGAUCAGUAUAUUGUGGGAAAUGACUUGGAAAUAGACAAUGUUACAGAGGAGGAAAAGAAAGUGAUAAGAAAGAUGGUUAUAACCGCCUUGUGGUGUAUUCAAAUGAAACCAAGUGAUCGCCUUUCGAUUUCCAAAGUUGUCGAAAUGCUUGGAGGAGAGAUUGAAUGUCUGCAAAUGCCUCUCAGGCCUUCUGUAUGCCCCAAGAGACAGUUGUGA